GCAGUCAUCUCCUGAAUUUAGGAGGUAAAGAAUGAGAACAGGGAUAAAGUAAAUGAAAUCGCAGAUGGAUUUAAUAGUUCCUACAUUGAUUGCUGACCAAUCCUCGUCCUCUAAUCUUCUAGUUACUCAUCUUGAGUUUCUUCUCGGUCUUAUUGUUAGAUCUAUUACUGGGCUUUGUUCAACACUGUUUGCUCCAUUCCUUAUUUGAAUAUUUCCCAGGUUUCUUCUAUAAUGAGCAGUAAAUUCAUCUCUUAGAGCUUCAGUAUCACUGUUAUUGUUUUCAAUAUCUUGAUGUCUGGAUUGUCAGCAGAUAUUUUUAUUGUUAAUUUUUUUUCUUCAGAACUAUUUUUAUCAAUGAUAUUUGGGAGUUUUCUCUCUUAAAAAUUUGACUUUGGACAAUUUUUGGAUUUCUCUUCCUCAAAUUCUUUCGAAUCAACUGGGACUUUCCGAUUUACACUCAGCCUUCCAGAUAUCUGACUCCUAUCCCCCACACCUAUAUCUCAUCUACUCUUCCCUUAACUCUCCCACCCAUCUUUCCCAAACUCCACCCACAACCCCCCACCAAGCCCUCCCAACUCCUCUAAUCCCUCUCUUCACUCACAACCCCUAAUCCUCUCUUCCUCCCUCCCCUCUCCAAUACCCCUACCUUUCUCUGCCUGAAUCCUUCCACCAAUCUCCGAGUUGGUCCUUUCCAUGUCGACCAGAUUGUAACUAGAAUCGUUCAUUUCUUAAUUAGCUUAAUUUU